AUGACAACCUCGUCCAAGAAGACACCAGCUCCUUUCCGAAUACCACAUCGCCAUCAACCAGCUUUUUACCACCUCUUGCCAAUCCCUGGAUCGCAUUCCCGGCUUUCAAUUCGGCGUAUCGCCUGGAAAAUCUUGCCAAUACUGUGGCUUGAACAGUCGACUUCGUACUGUCUGAACAGAAAGCCACCAUCCCCUAUCUUUCGCUCCUCAUCACCAUCCUUCGCAGCAACAAAAUUACAAACAUCAAUACCCGAGAAAACCUCCCACCUAUAAUUCCAACCUCGGACCCAAAUCGAAACCACUCAUUCGAUACAACGACUUUCCCAUAUCAUCCGAAAUAUCCAGUCCCAGACAUAAAUCCCAAACAUAAGUCCCAACACCCC